AUGUCAAAUAUGAAAAUAUCGUCCUCAAAAUUAAAAAGGCAAUGCAACAUUAAUUGGAUGAUCUCGUAUAACAAUCCGACUCCUCUAGAAUUCUUUCGUUUUAUCACGCCAACACAUAAAUCCCGUGCAAUUGAAAAGUACGGAAAAUGCCUUGAUGAGGCUAUUGAUUUCUGUGAGGACUCGGACAAACAGUCGAAACUAAGAAAUCUCAAAGAAACUAUUAAUUGUAAUUCAGAUUGGGAAUUGUGGCUUAUAGAAAAAAAAUCGAGGUCAAUUCGUGAUGAAAUUCAUGAAACAAAUAUGGAAGUACACCAAGAAUUAAACACCCUUGUUAGGAAUGGAGGAAGACAAAAGAUAAUCGUUUAUGAUAUUCUUGAUUGCGAUAUAUCAGCAACUCAGGCUGAACUAGAUAUUCUAGAAAUAUAUCGUUCAAAAUUCAAUAAUUAUCCUGCCAUGGACCUCCGGCUACAUUCAGAACUAUCCCUUUCCUUAGAUCAAGAAUUGCAAGAUAAAAUUCUACAUGAAGUUUUCGACGAAAUAGACAAGGAUUAUAUAACAGAUGAAAUACAUAAUUUUCUCACUGACUUCUUUAAUGCUGAUCAUGGUAAACAAGGAUGGCACGAAUCAGUUCGGAGAAUAGUCAUUAAUGAAAAAGACUCGGAAUUACUGCAAGAUACAAAAGAACUGCUUAAGGGAACAUUGGGACGAUUUAUAAAGGCCUUCUCUUUAGAUGCACUAAACCCAUUGAGAGAUGUUACGAUGUUAGAAAGACCUCAACCAAUUUAUACAUCCAUUUCUUUGCAAGGAAAAGCAAAAGUCAUAGCAGAUGGUGUUGGAUACCUUAAUGAUGUCUCAAACUACCAAAUCGUUUGCAUGGAAGGGGCAAGACCAGGGGCGAGGAAUGACAAAAAUGUUAACGACGAUAAGAAGAACAUCAAAAGCAUGAUACAACUGUUUAACUAUAUAAUUGUAACAGAGACUUCAGAACGAAGACAAGUAUACACAGGCCUUCGAGUAUAUGGUGCAACUGCUUGUAAAACCGAACUCUCCCUUACAAUGCUUGAUUUUCGUGGAACAUAUCGUUUGUUCGAAGUGGACCGUUUUAGUCUCCCAAAAGAUUGGGUAGAUAUGUCUAAUUUCGUUUUUAUGUAUGAAGCUCUAAUAAAAUGGGCA